CCUAACAUAGCCUAUACAUGCAAUUGCCCACAAAUUUGACUCCCAUUACAAGUUUGUUUGCGCUUUGGUUCGCUUUGGUGAGAACUCUUAUACCCCGAUAGAAGCUUUUAGUGACAGAAAUGAGCCGAUAACCGGGCCAAUUUGCCAGUUUUUGUUUUUCCGAAAGCUUAGGACAAUGCAGCGCCUGCUGCGGUUUCAGAGACAGCCGCCAGCUACUUGCGUCGGAGAGGCCUCCAGCAGCGGCCGUGUUGCACCUGUUACAGCAACCUCAGUACGCCCGCACUGGAAAGCAAAUAGUCGUCGUCUGAGUCAUGGGUCUCACCGUCAGCAUGUACUUGAGCCAUGUCGAAUUACCAGUACCGCUAAGGAGCUUUACCAGUCAAACGAAGCAAAAGAGAUGAAUGUUGAGGAAGACGAUGGCGAAGAAGCCUACAUAGACGUUCCUGACUACCAGGUUUGGGAGCCCGAGAAAGGUCCCCUGGAGAGGCGCGUCUACAAGUCGUACAAUGAGGCGAUGAAGGACGACCGGAUCGACCUCCGUGACACCGAAUACUGGUUCUCUAACCCAGAGGGUAACUGGAACUCCAAGCCCCAGCGGUUGCACUACAUGAAGGAAGACGAGGAGCCGCUGGUACCGUCGCCCUACCACGACCCCGAGCAGGAGGAGGGCGCGGAGGAGCGGAUCCGCUACACUGAGCUGGACGAGGGGCGGGUGCUGCUGGGUAUGGUGACGGACGUGUGGCUCUACCACGGGGUGCAGGUGGACAUUGGCGCGGAGUUCGACGGUCUUAUCCCCUGCAGCGAGGAGCUGUGGGAGCUGGCUGUGGACCAUUUGGACGUGGGGGAGGUGGUGAUGGUGGAGGUGCACAAGCUGCGCACCCCGGGUCUGUACCGCUGGCCCAUCCAGCUCAAGUUCACCGUGAGAGGGCUGCAGGACCUCAUGCUGCCGCCCGAUGAUUACCACGCGCCGAUUGACUUUGGUUGGGCGGAGGCCAACGGCUGGAGCCUGGAGGAGAUCUCGGAGGCCACCGGUCGCUCCAUCGACGUGCCCACCUACUUCAUUCCGCCCGACGGAGGCCUCAUGGCGGAGCAGAUACAGGACGGUUACGGCACGGGCAUCAUGCCCUGGCGCGAGCAGAACUCCGACCCCGUUCCCGACUACAUCGACGACCCGCUGCCUGACCCCGCGGAGGAGGCGUGGCUGGGGGAGCGCAGCGGGGAGGUGGAUGCGGCGGCGGAUGAGCUGCUGCAGGGGCUGUGAGGGGGGAUGGGGCUGGUGGGGUGGUGGCGUGAUGGGGAUGGGAGGGGGGGUGAUGGGGGUAGUUGAUGGGGAUGGAGAUGGAGAUGGUGGUGUCCAUAGCCAUACGUACGGUAACACUGCGAUGAUGGUCACGAGGGUUGGCUUGGUUUUAGUUGUGCUACAGCAAGGGAACUGUAGCACUGUCUUAGUUGGGUGCUGGAGGCUGCAGCAUCCGGGCGCCUGGGAUGUAACCAAACGGGUCCGAGAGCAUGAUGGCAGCUGGCCGGUGGUAGCCGGCCGGUGGUAGCCGGCUGGUGGUAGCCGGCCGGUGGCGGCAGCAGCAGCGGCAGCAGCAUGGACGCGGAUGUGCGCAGGCCCCCGCGCCACGUGUUACGGUGCUGUGGAAGACUACACCACUCUUGACAAUCUUUGGUACCCUUUUGAACAUGACAUGACAUGACACAUGACAUGACACAUGUGCCAACUGGCGUCUGUAACGGUGUGUUGUAGCGGCGUGGUCUCACGGCACCGGUAUGUCUGUCUGCCUGCAUGCAUGCUUUCCUCGCAGCACCAUUCCUCACCAGGACUGGUGAGGAUCGAUAGGGAUCCAACCCUCUUGGUUUCUUCCUGGACAGCCGUUGCUUGCCGUACCGUACCGUACCGUACACGGGCCGUACGGUCAACAUGAACCGCCCAUGCAUGUGACUUGAAGAACCGGAAAACAGAGCUGAUGAGUUGGGGCGUUCCCCGCCGUUUGUUGCUGGGGCCUGUUGCCUGUGGGCUUGGCUGUGGUGGCUGUUUGUACGUUAGUUAGGCUAGGAACGUAGCGGUAUAUGUUGCUAUGCGGGUAAAGAGGCGAGUUCCCUCUUGACGUGCUGGCGCGGCUUGAUGACCCACGUAUGAUGUGGAUAGCCCGACAGUUGAGGAUGUAACCAGCUGCCCUUGGUGUCUUUGCUGGACUCAACUGGAAGGAAGCCUCGUGUGUUCCUCUCCGAGACCACCACUGUUGUUGCACCAACCUCCGCGGGGUGAUUCACCAGAGGAUGGCAGCGGGGCUGGCAGUGGCUUUGUGCGUCUCUUUUUGUUUACCAAAAGGUUGAAGGACCACAACGCACAUACAUACGGACGCGGUGUAAUGACGGUACCAGCUGUGUAGGACGAGUGGUGGGUGUCGUACAAGUACUGCAAAACAGAGAAGCACA